UAUGACCAAUUUAUGACUUAAGAUCUAGUUGAAUGAAUCAAUUGUAGCAAACCAAAGACACACUGUUAUGAAUCGAACUUUAUUGUACUUGUUUCGAUAAAAUUGUUAUAAUUUCGAUCUGUAGUGAACAUACAAGAAAUUGUGUAGAAAUACAUGGUGCAUAGUUUAACGAAGAGGCGGAAAUUUAUUUUUCACUGAGUAAUGUAAAUAAAUUUGUGAAAGUAUGAAUUAUGAAAUAUGUGAACCUGGUAUAUAGAUGAAUAUUUACAGAUACACAUUUCAAUACGAUAGUUACAGCAGUACCGUAAAACGUGCCAGUAUAUGACAGCCUGACCACGAGCAGCGCCGUAUUUUCUCGUAAGCAUGUGCUCAGUGCCCGAAAUUACGUGAUGUCGUGAAUUUGGAGCCGACUAGCGCGUAGUGUGCCUGUACGGUCGAAUGUUAAUGACAAUUUCGAACUAGUGCGUCGACGCCAAAAUAAAGAGCUGCUAAAAGUGUGUGUGCCAUGUUGGAGUACGAGGGGCCUUCAUUGAUCAGCAAGCAGCUGGGGCUGGCUGGCAGGAAGCGAGUGUCUGCCGGGGUGCAGUGAGUGCUCAGCUUGCGUCCAGUGAUGUGGUAUACUCCGUGACGAGGCGACAGUAUAACAGUGUAUAAUGGUGGCGAGUGGGAAGGCAGGAAGAUGUCCCGGGAUCAGUACGGGGCCUCCACACUGAGUAGUGCGGGCGGGAACCGGUCGCCUCGAAGUGUCAGACGAGUCGGGGAGUUGCCGACCGUGGACCGAUCCCCGUCACGCAGUUACCCCAGUCCGUUAGGCCGUAAGAGCGGCAGAACCAAUCGUUCGGGCAACACCUCCCCGGACCAGCAUGUGGGGUAUUCUUCAUAUGCUAUGGGGUCCCCUUACUACGUGCGCGAGGACGAUCUAGGGAGCCCGGUCAUGAUGGACGAACGAGGGCGUUCCGCAGGGACGGGUGGCGGGCACCACCGGUCGCGAAGUGCGAGCAGGCCUCCUAUGAGCACCACCAACCCCAUGCCGACGCGCUACCAAUCUUUGGAUCGAGCCUCGGGCAUGAUAGGGGAAGGGCAUGAACGCGAGUUCGUCCCCAUCAGAGAGCCAAGGGAACGAUCCCUGGACCGUAGUGCGGUGCGUGACAGGUACCUGGAGGACGAGUUAUACGGCUCCAGGUCGGCGAGACAGUCUCCAAACCCUCACUUGAUGACUUCGGGCGUGAGGGACACCAGCGGCAUGUAUAUCGAUGAGUUACAGUCGACGAACAACGACUUGCAGCGCGAACUGGCCAAGUUCAAGAAGGAGCUCGAACUCACGAACCAGAAGCUGGGUUCCAGCAUGCACAGCAUCAAGACCUUCUGGAGCCCGGAGCUCAAGAAGGAACGAGCCCUGCGCAAGGAGGAGUCCGCCAAGUACAGCCUCAUCAACGACCAGUUGAAGCUCCUCAAUUCGGAGAACCAGAAACAAGCGAUGCUGGUGCGACAACUGGAGGAAGAACUACGGAUGAGGAUGCGAAACCCGAGCGUGGAGUUGCAGCAGCAGAUGGAAAUGCUGUUUACAGAGAACGAGCAUCUGACGAGGGAGAUCGCCAUCUUGAGAGAAACUAUCAAGGAGCUCGAACUAAGGAUAGAGACUCAGAAGCAAACGCUGCAAGCCCGGGAUGAAAGCAUAAAGAAACUUCUGGAAAUGCUGCAGAACAAAGGCGUUGGUGGUAAAAUGCUAGAGGAAGAGAGAAUGCAGUUUGAGUUCAUGCAGGCCAGACUGAUAGAGAGUGAGAGUAGAACGCAUCACUAUGAAACGCUAGUGCGCAACCGAGACCAGGAGCUUACUAAGACUAAGAGAGAGUUAAAGGCCACCAAUGAGACCCUUAGAGCACUGCAGGUGCAGUUAGAAAAAGCAUACACUCAAAAUUCCAGUGGCCCCUCUAACAGUACUCUGAAGGCAAUUCUGGAAACAAAGGACGCUCGAAUUGCAACUCUGGAGAAGGAGGUGGCUCUCCUGGAGCAAGAGUUGGAUAGGAUCCGAGAGAGCGCGGGAACGGGAGGGACGGUCCGGGAAACCCUGAUGGGGGCCACUUCCCCCAUUCCCCUGAUGGACAUGAUGAUGGAUCAUUCUGCAGCUACUGCUACAUCUAGCUUGCCUAAACAUGAUUUUAGCUAUAAACGACAAUUAGAUGAGUUCCGAGCAGAAAUCCAGAGGAGAGACCAGGAGAUCUUAGCAAUGAGCGCCAAGAUGAAAACACUUGAGGAGCAGCAUCAAGACUACCAGCGACACAUAGCCGUGCUGAAGGAGUCUCUUUGUGCAAAGGAGGAGCACUAUAAUAUGCUGCAGGCAGAUGUUGAGGAGUUGAGGCAGAGGCUAGAGGAGAAGAACCGCCACAUCGAGAAGAAGACACUAACGGCGACCCAAGCCACUCAGGAGCGUAACCGACUCAACAAUGAGCUCAAUGAAUUGAGGGACCACAUGGAUAUCAAGGACAGGAAGAUCAAUGUUCUCCAGAGAAAGAUUGAGAAUCUGGAGGACCUUCUCAAGGAGAAGGACAACCAGGUUGACAUGGCCCGUGCGCGGCUCACUGCCAUGCAGGCGCACCACUGCUCUUCUGAGGGGGCGCUUUCCAGCCUCGAAGAGGCGAUAGGAGACAAGGAGAAGCAGAUGAACCAGCUGCGAGAGCAGCGGGACAGGGCAGAACAGGAGAAACAGGAAGAGAGGGAGCUGCAUGAGCGGGAGAUUGCUGAAUACAAGAUGAAGCUUCAUGCACUGGAAAGCGAGGUGGAAAAACUGGGGGCACGCCUUGAGAGGGCCCAGGUUGAGAAGGACCGCUUGGAGGCCAAGCUGGAGAGUUCACAGUCAGAGCUCGGCAAGUCGAAAGCUGAGCUGGACAAGGCGGCUAGUGAGGUCGGCCGGAGCGGUGCAGACUGGGAGGCUGCCAAGCAGCGGCUUGCACGCCUAGAGCUUGAGAAUGAACGCCUCCGGCAUGACCUUGAACGUUCCCAAACCACAUUCGGGCGGAGUACAUUGAGUACAUCUCAGGAACUGGAUCGUAUCCAGGAACGUGCUGAGAAGGCAUCAGCAGAGUUGCGGCGGGCCCAGGCAGAGCUGAGGGUUACACAGGCCGACAAUGAGCGGGCCCGUGCAGAGGCUGCAGCCUUGCAGGAAAAGGUGGAGAAAUCACAAGGUGAGGUGUAUCGUCUGAAGGCACGGCUUGAAAAUGCUCAGACGGAGCGCGAGAGCUUGCGAGAUGAGUAUGACAGGGCUCAAGCUGCAGUGACUCGCUUGCAUGCUGAACGUGACAAGAUUUCGGCGGAGCUCGACAAGGCGAGGGAGGAAUUGGAGAGGAGUCAGGCCACUUUGGGAAAGGCGCAGCUACAGCAGGACAAGCUCCAGAACUCACUGGAUAAGGCGCAGAGUGAAGUGGACAAGUUGCAGGAACGCUUCGACAAGUCCCAGGCAGAGGUCAGGAGGUUACAAAUGGAAAAAGAGAAGCAGAAUUAUGACUUUGAGAACAUUCAGUCACAACUAGACAAAGCUCUGGGCCAGGCUACACGCCUCCAAAAGGAACGGGAGACUAUUCAGCUGGAUGCUGACAGGAUGAGAGACAAAUAUGAGAAAGCACAGAUGAUGAUGGCCCGACUACAGAAGGAGAAAGAUGGUUUCCAGGAAGAAUGUGAGAAACUUCGAGAACGCUUAGAAGUGCAACAAAGCCAAGUAUCGAAGGCACAGAGAGAACGUGAGAAUAUGGAAACUGAAUAUGAUUUGAUAAAGGAGAGGUGGGACAAGGCACAACAAGUGCACCAAAAACUUCAGAUGGAGCGAGAUGAUGCCUUGACUGAAAUUGAAAUCUUGAAAGACAAGGUAGAUAAAGCUCAACUUACAACACAAAAAGCAAUAGAAGAUAAGGAUGCAGCAAAUAAGGAAUUUGAAAGAAUACUUGAAAAGCUUGACAGGUCUCAAGGAGAAAUCUACCGUUUGCAGAGCAAGCUGGAGGCUGCUGAGACUGAAAAAGACCAUCUGGAGAUGGAGGCAGAGAAGGCCCAGCUGCUGGCAACCAAGUCUCGAGAAGAACAACGCAAAUUGCAGGAUGACUUACAGCGUGUUCAGGAGGCAUAUGACCGCGCUGCACUUCAGCUGGGCCGCACCAAAGAGAACGAGGAGAAGUUUAAGGAGGAGAUGGAUCGCAUCACUGUUGACCUAGACAUGGUUCGUGAGCGCUAUGAAAAGUCACAGAUCGAAAUGCGCCGCCUUCAAAGCGAUCGCGAGAAGUUCCAGGCUGACAACGAGCGCCUCACUUUUGAGCUGGAGCGUGCACAUGCACAGUGUGGCAAGGUUCAGGCCAGCAAUGAAAAGAACCAAGAAGAGAUAGCACGUUUACAAGUGGAACUUGAGAAGAUGUAUGAUAAGCACGACAAGGUGCAGAUUGAGCUACGCAAGAACUUGGCUGAAGUAGACAGGUACCGCACAGAGGCAGAAGGUCACCGUGAAGAGGCAGAACGUUAUGCUGCCAGAAUGGGCAAGUAUCAAGACACACAAGAACGCACUAAAGAAGAACAGGACCGUCUUAAGGUAGAGUUGGAGCGCUUGAGGGAACGGCUUGAGAAAACCACAGCUGAGUUGGAGCGGGCACGCAAGGCAGAACAGGAGGCGGUGAGGCUGCGGAUGGAUCUGGAGAGGGCAGAGGGUGUGCGAGGUAAAUACCAGUUCGAACAGGAGAAAUGGACAGUAGAGGGUGCACGACUACAGGGAGAAUGUGAGAAACUGCGUGAGCGACUGGACACCAGCCAACUGGAGCUACAGCGUGCCCUGGUGGCCAAUGAGAAGCAGGAGGAACGCUUGCAUGAGUUACAACUAGAGCUCGAAUUGAGCCGUGCUGAGGUGGGCAAGCUGACUGGUGGCCAGGAAAAGCAGCAUGGUGAGCUAGAGCGCGUGCACAUUGAGUGUGAGAAGCUGCGUGAUCGUCAUGAAAAGCUUAUGGCACGCUCUGAGGGCCUGGAGAAGGAGAAUGAGCGCCUUAGGAUAGAACUGGCACAGGCAGACCGCCACGGUGAGAGGAAUCGCUCUGACCUGGAUAGGCUAGAGAAAGCCCAGCAGGCUAGAGACCUUGCUGAGAGUGAAGUGAGCAGACUAACACGUGAACUAGAGAAGUCACAACUUCAUCUUGGCAAGUACCAAGAGAACAACGAGGCAGCAAGGAUAGAAUUUGAGCGUAUGGCCACAGAACUGAGUAGGCUGCAUGAGAAGCUAGAGCGCGCUCAGGCUGACCUACGAAAAGCAACAGAGGAACGAGAUUUGCUCAGUGCAGACAGGGAGACCCUUAAGAUGGAAUUGCAACAGACGAAAAUUGCAAUUGAACAGCUCCAAAAUAAUCAGCAGCGUGUGCGACAGGACUUCGAUCACAAGGCACAAGAAGAUGUCACAAAACUUCAGCAGGAACUGGCUCAAGCCAACAGAGAUAGAGAUAAAAUGGCCUCCAUCCUUGAAAAGAGAGAUAAGCAGGCUGAGAAAGUUGAUAAACAGAUGAGCAAAUUGGAGGCAGAGAUGAAGCAGUUGACUCUGGAGAGGGAUCAAUUGGUGAUACAGCUGGAGAAAUCACAGGAUAUGCUGAUGAAUUUCCAGGAAGAGCUGCAUCAGUCAGAGUCAGAACUACAGCGAGAACGCGAGGAGGUGAGACGGAUGAAAGGUGAACAACGCCGCACGCCUCAGGAUGUGGACAGAGGCAACAAAGAGUUGAUAGAAAAUCAGGAUCGAGAGAUCGGACGAUUGCAACAGCAGGUGCAGGCCGUUCAGAAAGAGAGGGACAAAGAGAAGGACCGUUGUGAGAAACUGGAAAAGGUGCUUCAACAGAUUGGGGUCCAAGGAGACCUUGAGAUCGAACAAUGGCGUAAGGCUGUAGAGACUGAACGUGUCAGGGCAGACACAGCUGAAAAGACAGUGUCAGAAUUACAGAAAAAGGUGCAAGGCACAGAGAAACAGAUGCAAGCCUUGCAGCAGCAGAUGGCACAGUUACAGCAGCAAGCCAUGACUGCAACACCUGCUGCUAGCAACAAGGAAGAGGUCAUGAAAUUGCACAAAGAGCUGGAAAAGGCGCAAGAAGAUCUGAAGAAUGCAGCAGUUGAACGAGAAAGAUUCCAGGCACAACUGGAGAUGCUUGUGCAGGAGUUGGAGAAGAACCAGCUGGACCUGCACGAGGCGAACAAGAAAUUAGCAAAUGGCGCAGCGAGAGCUGGCGAAGAAACUACCGCUCUUAAGAUGCAGUUAGAUGAACAGAAAAAGCAGCUGGAGGACCAGAGGAGGAAGCUAGAGGAACAUAAAAAGGGAUUAGAUAGCAAAAGUAGACAGUUAGAAGAAAAAGAAAAAUCAAUAGCAGAUGUAGAUCAAAAAUUAAAGAAGAGAAAGGAGAAACUGGACCAGUUAGAAGCACAGAUACAGAAGCAGCAAUCAACAAUGGCAGCAGCUGGAGGAGGUGGCAGAGGAGAUCCAGAGCUCCAGAAACGACUCUCAGAAAUGCAGCAAGAGUUGGAGUCUAACCACACAGAACUAGAGAAAACUCGUGAAGAUGCACAGAGAUCCCAAGUAGAAAUGGAGCGGUUGUUACAGCUAGUGCAAAUGAGCCAAGAGGAGCAGAAUACAAAAGAAAAGAUGAUCCGUGACUUGCAAGAGGCCCUGAAGAAUGCCCAAGCCAAGUUGAGGAGUCAGCAGACGGCAAACGCACAGCUAGAGGAACAGCGCAGAAGGGAAGAGGUGGAAGUGCAGGAUAAAUCUGUGGAGGUGAACAUCAAAGAGGACAACGUCCAGAUGGUUUAUGACUUGAAAGAGGUCAAGAGAAAUGAACUUAGAAUCACAGAGCUGGAACAAGAUGUUUGCAGUCUCGAGGAAGCACUGACAGACCAACACAAAGGGGAAGAGCUCCAAGGACUGCAUGAGGAGUUAACAAAGAAAGAUGCCAAGAUCAUGGACAUGGAACAAGAGAUCUGUGCCCUGGAAGCAGCCCUGAGGGACCACAGUCACAUGGCAGAACUGGAGGAACUGGUGGGGGUAGUGCGCCAGAAGGAUGAACGUAUCGAGGAACUGGAGGAAGCCCUUAGAGAGAGUGUCCGUAUCACAGCCGAGAGGGAGAUGGUGUUGCAGGAGGAGGAGUCUUGCAGGAAGCAGAUCAUGGAGAAGGUUGGUAAACUGGAGCAAAGGCUGUUGUCCCUGCAGACGGCACACGCCCUGCGUUGCAGUACCUGCAGACCCUUGCUGAUGCGCUUGCAGGAGCUUGAGAGACGACUCACACAGCUGCUGGCGGAGAGGAGGGAACACCUUCAAGAUCUUGCUCAGAUGAAGCAGGAGGCUCUUGAAGCUGCUAUAAGUGAAAAGGAUGCUCACCUGGCGCUGUUGGAAGUGUCCGGGAUCAGAACUGCUCGGCAGGCAGAAGAGGCUGAUCAGCUGCAUGCUGAUCGACGACGUCUCAUGGAGAAACUGAAGGAAGAGAAUGAAUGGAGCGUUCGCCUGCUGCAGGAGUAUUCAGAACCUGACCAUAUGUCUCUGGGUCCUUCUUUGUUGGAUCUGGAUAUGGGGGAAGACCAAAACUGUACACACAGUGGCAACCACAAUGGCCAAAUUCAUCAGCAGAAUGAGGUUGACCAAGACAGUUUGGAAGCAGUGAGCCCAAACAUAACACCACCGCCAACUUGAAGACAUCUCACCAGUCCUGCCAACCUAGUCAAUAUUUUUGUUCCACAAGCUUCAUCCUGUAGACUGAGAUAUUUCACCCCUAUUUCUGUCUCACAUAAAAUAAUUUCUAAAUAGUGAGUUACACGGUCAGGAGUGCUGCACUUUGAUCGCGUGAUAUAAGUUCCUUCCAGUUUGAAAAUGCACUGCCGUAAGGAAAGGACCAUUGACUCUGGAUGCCUGGACUGCUGGUUAGGUAUCUGUGCAGUGUUGGGAGAUAUUGACAGUCAGACACAGAUGACAGCAACUGAAAACUUGAACACAGUAUCACAUCUGUGAACUGCAUGUACAAGACUUUCACAGCAAUAACACUUCUAUAGGAAAGACAUAACCAAUUAUUGGUAUGAAAUGCAAAGAACUCACUCUCAUGAAUUUGGAACUAUACUCUAUGCAUGGAUUAAAGAAGGUACAGUAAUGACAAUAAAAAAUGAAACUCAAUGAAACACGUCUUCCUGUGGUGGAAGUGUGCUCUAAAAUAAAAGCACAAUAAACUUGUAAGUUAUAUGAAGAGAAGUCAUGUUGCAUAGAUAUCUCCUGCAGUAAUUAUCAGAAGUAGAACAAAGUCUUUACUUUCAUAUUUUGUUUACUUCACUUCAGAGUGGAAACAUCUUGUGUCCAUGUAAUCUGAAACUUGUUUCAAACAAAUACGACCAUUUGCCCAUUUGGAUUUUUUUUUUUUUUGCCUGGAACACAAAACUGGUCUUUGAUUAUAUUACAUAGGUGUCCUAAACUAAGCCAUAAACCUCCUAUCCAUCUAUCCAUGCACAAGAUUAGCUUGUUCCCCCAUACGAGUUAACUUUUGAGGCAAAUUUGUAGAAUUCUUUGUUGUCUCUCUCAGCUGGCAAGGUACAUGUUGUCAGGCACAAUCCCAUUCUACCAGCUUGUCCAUUGUGAAGGCUGUUCAACAUCUUAUUGUAACAUAUUACUAUGAAAAGAGUGUGUUUUGCACAUCUUGUGUUCUUGGGAGCAGAUCUUCUGACUUCGACAGUCCAGUGUGUAUAAAAUGUGUAUCAAUGUCAUAUUCUUGUGAAAAUGUGUCACCAAUAAUCAUGAUGUCCCUCAAAAUAUAUCAUACAGUUUAUGUGACUAUCCCAGACCUUGUUUGUUGCAAGGAUCCUUCAGAGGGGAACUUUUUUCUGCAUGGUUGGUGACCCCAGUGUACAUUAAAACUGUGUAUAUGAGGCCAGUGUUAUGAUAAACAGUAUCAUAUGUCAUGGAAUUAAUAUUGUAUAUAAUAACUGUAUAAUGUUGAUAUGACUGAAUUUAACUGUUGUGACGUUUUGAGUUCAUAUCAGACUGUGUGGUGGGUGUGACAGCUGGCACAUAGUGACAAUUACAGUAUGUGUUUUCUGGAACUGAGUGAGGGAUAACUCAAACAGUAUACAGCACAUAGCUAUAGUUGCAUUCCACCUAUCAACAUUUGCUGAGCUUUAAAAAGUGGUUUUGCAGCACUAAUAUGUACAUAAGAAAACUGGUGGCAUUGCAAGAGAACAUAUAUUCUAUUGAUAGAUGAUGAACUGUUGCGGGUGAUUUAGAUUAGCCAGUUCUAGUGAGGUCAUCCAGACAAUGUGUGUUUAUCCAUAGACCAGAAUCAUGGUUAUAACAGCUAUAGGAGGACUGUUUGUUAAUCUUCAUGUCUCAAAUAAUCUGGAAUACAGAUUCCUUGUACAGAAAUACUUUUUAAAAUGAAAUGAAGCAAACCAAAUAAAUAGAAAAGGGAUUGUAGAGAAAAUAUGCUAGGGAUGGGCAUUUUUUAAAAUUAAUGUACUUGGCAAGAUUUUAUGUCUUCCCAAAGACUUAACCUGAAUUAUUAUUUCUUUGGUAGCUGAAGUUCCUUUCAAGAAUAUGGAAGAUGCUAAGAUACAUAAACUGUUUUUUAAAUUUCAUACAGUCAGUGCAACAACAUAUUUAAUGUAAAUGUUAGUGUAAACACCUCUAAUUUAAUUAUCAAAAUCAGAAUUCUAGAAUGUUUUGACAUUUGCAACUACCCUGUGUGUCGUGCCCAUCCCUCCUCUCAGCAACACUAAUUGUGCACGUGCAAGGACAAAGUGCUGUCACUGCGGAGUGAGGUUAUUGAGUGUCACAGCUAUACUGCCAUUAUCUGUGCCAUUACUUAAUACAUGUACUAUGUUACAUUGUUUCCUACCAGUGUCGAGGUUGUGUAACCUUAAUGAGAAAUAUGCAUUUUUAAAGUGUCCAUAAAUUGCUUUGCCUCUGGUGGCAUAUCUCAUAAAUCAAUUGCUGAAUUCUCUAAAGUAUUAGAUCAGUUAUUUAUAUAAAGUGACCCUGAAUAUACAUUUAUCAUAGUAAUAAUCAUUAUCCUGUAUCUAUGUAAAUAUGGAAAUUUUGGGGCUUGGAGGAGGCCACAAGAGAAUUGAAGAAACUUUCAGACAUUUUCCAAAGUCUUUGCAAAUUACAAUGGUAACUUGCUUCAGAAAAAAAAUUUGUUUAACAGAUUUGUAGCUGCUUGCAUGAUACGGCAUUGCACUGCCAAGUAAUGAAGUAUUACUUCUGGUAUUAUUGAGUUUCAUGACUGUGUUUAUCAUCUUGUAUUCUGAAGGAGCACAAUGUUUUGGAAACUGGGUGGACAAAGUCCAGAAACUCAGCAAUUCUGAGAGUAAUAUACCACUGUCAGGACCCUUUGGAACUUUUUUUAAUAUACCAUUUACUUUCUGCUUGUAAAAAAUGAUGCUGACAUGUAACAAGUGAAAUCCAAAAUUAAUUACAUAAAUGAAGUGGUGUUCCAUUAGAGGGAUGGAAUAAGUCCAGAAGUCACUAAUAAUUUUGUGCUGAUGGAUAAAAUAUCCUCUAUAUAAGAUUAAUUUGUCAAAAGCAACAACAGUUGAGGUGUUGAUAUUUGAAUGAGUACCAGCUAUGAUGUAUUUUAAUUUGGGUUGUUGCCUUUUGCAGUGUGGUACAAUUUUGUCUCACAGGUGGUUACUAAUAUUUUGGAAAAACCUAUUGCCUCCAGUUUUAGGGGUAGCAGGGUCCAUCAAAACCAUGAUAACCACUUAUGAAAUUACAUGGUGUCAUACUGUAGAAGACCACAAUCCAAAUUUUUCCCAUUAUGCAUGCUAUCACGGUGUAUCAUUCAUUCUACCCACAACUUCACUGGAUGCAGGGUAAGACAGAUUUGUUUUCAUAUAAUAUUUGCUCAAAUUACUUAAAAUUACCCGCGAACAGCAAAGUCAUACCUGUCUAUUUUGUAUGUUUAGCCCGAAAAACUGUUUACAGAUUUCACUGAAAUUUUGUAUCUUUUUUCCUUCUAAAAGUGUCUCAGCAUGCAAAUAUUAGAACAUAACUUAUUAUAAAAUAUAAAUCUCAGUAGAUCUAUAGCUUUCAUUUGAAA